CGCAUGCGCGUUCAUUCAAAUAUGGCGGCGCUCGCAGGAGGGAGCUUGGUGGAGGCGUUGGGCCCCAGGGAAGCCUCGGCCGUCGCCCACGCGCUCUCUCUGCCGCCUGAGGCUUACGGCAACGACCCCCGUGUGGAGGCAGCGUGGGCUGCGAAGGCCUUCCAGCAUGCUCAGGUCUACUACAAUCUCAUUUCUUCAGUAGAUCCAAGGUUCCUGAAUCUGACCAAAACCGAUGACCUGAUCUACAGCGAGUUCCGGAAGGCCUUUCCUGACCUUAAAAUCGACCUGCUAGACGAAGAGGACCUAAAGUCUGACCCUGCCAAGGAGAAAUGGCGUCCGUUCUGCAUGCAGUUUGAUGGGGUGGUGGAGGACUUCAACUAUGGCACCCUCCUCAGGCUGGACUGCAACAAGGAAUACACUGAGGAGAACACGAUAUUUGCCACAAGGAUCCAGUUCUUUGCCAUUGAAAUCGCCCGCAAUCGAGAGGGAUACAACUGCGCUGUUUAUACCCGCAGCAGGAAAGCAGACGCAGGCUCAGAAGAAGCCAACUCCACAUGAGACAAAACAGUGUGUUCAAGAGGAAAAGGGACCCUAAUUGUGCUCCAGCCUCUACUCCAGCUGAGUCACAGACUGUCCUUGAGGCCCGGCCAAGUACAGAACGCAGAGGCCAAAAGGACCUUCGUUAUGGAUAGAACAGGGGGGUGUUCGAGGGCUCACCGCUAGCAGGGGGCUCUAAUAACUUCUGCUGCCUGAAUACUCUGCCAGAGAAUAUUAAACGGUAAUAAGCAAGA